GUCAAACUGUCCACAGUCAGAGACACCUCCCAGCAAGUACCGGUGGAUACAAACUAUUUCAGAGAAAACAAGUCGGUACAGUUCUCAUCUUGCCGUCUCGCUGACACUGUGUCAUCGGAACAGCCCUGCUAUGCUCGCAUAAAAUGUAGCGAAUACUUUGCAGUGAAAGUCGUCUUUUAAAUAUAAUACAGGCGCGUUAAUGUAGUUCCAAGCAAGAUAAUAAACAAAUAUAUUUUAUUAUAUCAAGAUGCAGCCCUAAACCUACUGUUUCGCGAGGUGGAAGCUUAUUUUCAAUUCAACAAUUCCUUGUCAAAAUGGAAAGCAACGCUCCUUAGGCUACCGGACGAGAUGGGAAAAUGGGAGUUAACAAUGAACCCAGUGCAAGAGUGGGGUGAGGAGAUCGAGGAUGGCGCAAUUUAUGGGGUCACACUGCGUCGGGAACCCGUCCCCUCCUGUCCCAACCCCAGUGAGGAUAGUCCAUGCUGCGCUUUUGUGCAGUACCGAACCUGCAAGGUGCGGCGUCUGAAGGCUGCUACCCUAGAUCUCCUUAUGAAUCACCUCCUCGACCCUGACUGCCAGGAGCAAGACUACAGCAGGAUCUUCCUCUCCACAUACAGAACCUUCACCAACACUUCAACGCUCAUUGAACUGCUCUUUCUGAGGGACAGCACUGCCUCAGAUCUUGACAGCAGUGAAUGUUUCAGCAGCCCUCUGUUGACCUUUGUCCAGACAUGGUUGGAUGAGUACAGUGAGGACUUCAGGGAUCCUCCCCUGCACACAGCACUCAGGCUGCUGUUGGAUCAUCUGAGGAUCAGCUCUGCAGUCCAGAGCAACAUGCGUAGCCAGCCCAACUUUAGCUCCUUGGCUGGGCAAGCUGAGGCACUGCUCCAGAGGUUACAGAGAGAAGAGGCUGAUACAAAUUUCAGUCCUGCCCAGGCUGAUCUCGAGCAGGAUGAGGAGGCUUCUGGUGAUGAGGAUUCAGGAUGUGAAAACUCUCUGGAUCAAGGUGGCGUCAUGGAGUUCUCCGCUGCAGCCAUUGCCGAACAGCUCACCCGAAUGGACUCUGCUCUGUUUGUCAAAGUGGUGCCGUACCAGUGUCUGGGUUGUGUAUGGUCGCAAAGAGACAAGAAGGAAAACAUGUCUCCAACCAUACGAGCCACCAUUGCGCAGUUCAAUGCCAUUACCAACCAGGUCAUCAUGUCCCUGCUCUGCUGGCCAACAGACGCCUCCUCCAGUCCCACUUCCCCCUGUGGGCCUCCCACUACACCAGCUCAAAGGGCCUGCAUCAUAGAGAAGUGGAUCAGAGUAGCACAGGAUUGUCGUCGGUUGAAGAACUUCUCCUCUCUCAGGGCGAUCUUGUCGGCCCUUCAGUCUAAUGCUGUUUACAGGCUGAGAAAGACCUGGGCUGUUGUUAACAGGGAUAGCAUCUCCAUGUUUGAAAACCUGUGGGAAACCUUCCCUGAUGAGAACUGUGUUCUGACCAACAGAGAGCUCCUGCUGGAGGACGGAGGCCAGGCGACUUUAAAUAACAUUUCUCCAAAGAUAUCGAAGCGGUGUCCGAUCUCCAGACAGAUGAGUACCUCCAGUGGAGUGGUUCCAUACCUGGGCACAUAUCUGACCGUGCUCACCAUGCUGGACACCGCUCUGCCAGACACUGUGGAGGUUGUGCUCAUAAACCUUGAGAAGAGGAGGAGGGAGUUUGAGGUUCUGUCACAGAUCCGUGUGCUGCAGGUGUCCUGCUCCCAGUACAACCUGCCCCAUCACCCCAGAAUCUCCGCCUGGCUGCAGGGACACAAGCUGCUCACAGACCAGGAGAGCUAUGAACUGUCGAGACAGCUGGAGCCUCCAGUGGACUUGUGUUCGCCAACUUCCUGGAGACACCGCACACUCACAAAGAAACUCUCCUCUCUCCUCACAGUGAGCGAUGGAUCUAAAAAGAUCCCGGCUGACCAGAUCAGUGUUUCAUCUUCUGGAUCCAGUGGAUCCGAGAUGGAGGAUCUCUCCUGCACAAACUCCACCUGCUCCAUCAGACUGCAGUCCUUUCACAGCUCUUGCAACAAUGUGUCUGAGGCCUUCUCUUCCUGCUCGUCCUGCUCGUCCUCCUCUUCCUCGUCCUCCCCAUGCUCCUCCGCUGCCUCCUCUGUAGACUCCCCCACUCCUUCUAGCUCCACCUCCUGCCGGACUGAUCUCUGCUCUCCAGCCGCGUCCUGCGGUGGUGCUCGGCCAAAGCCCACUCUGGCCUCCCACCACAAGCGCUCCGUGUCCAUGACCUCCCUGCCCCUGUAUAACCGUCAGGUGGCUGACUCCUGUAUAGUCAGGGUGAGCGUGGACCUCGGCCACAACAACGGCAACAUGUACAAAAGCAUCCUGUUGACGAGCCAGGACAAAACUGCCCAGGUGAUUCAAAGGGCUUUGGAGAAGCAUCACCUCGAGCACAUGAACUGGCAGGACUUCACGCUGACGCAGGUCAUCUCCCAGGAAAGAGAGUUGCUCAUACCAGACAAGGCCAACGUCUUCUACGCUAUGUGCACAAUGGCCAACUUCGACUUUGUUUUGCGCCAAUUCCCAAAAGGCCAGAAGAAACCACUCAGGGCCACGUCGAGUCUCGGACGAUACACAAAAUAGCACAUACAAAUCCUGCACCUGUCCGAUGAACAAGAUUCUUUCAUAGUUUUUUUUAUAAGUAUGUUCUCCAAGAUGGUCCAUCCUUUUUUCUUGGACACCAAAGAGGUAAACGUGCAAUUUUUAUGGUAACUGAUGAUGAUGCAAAAGCACUUUAAGAAGAAGAAUGCUCGCCUCAACAUAGACGAGCUUAAAAAACAUCUGGAUCGGACAUGCUUUUAUUCCCUGUUGGAAUAAACUAGGUAUGAAUCCUAUACAAAAAGAAGAAGUACCCAUUCUUUGACUUUUUCUCAGCGAUGUGUUGGUCACAUGGUUCUAAAUGUGAGGUUACACAUACUGGUUGAUUUGAUCUCUGAGACUCCUGCUAGAUAUCAACACAUGCCCACAUCAGUGACCUGACAUGGAUGCUGAGAGACGCAGCUGGGUGCCAUUAUGAAACCUGUGUGUUAAAAAAUAAAUGGGGGUCAGAUGCUGUGUGAAGGGCGUACUGAUGUGCCAUCUGAGGAGGGGACGUUCUCACCAGGGAGCAGUGUACUCGGGGAGUUUCAGCCCGGCUGCUGCGCCGUUGCUGUGAGACUCAUCAUGUGAGACUUUAGCAGCCCCGACUGGAAGGAUGGCAUUCCUGCGCCGGGUAACCGUGGCAGCAGCAAGAGACUUUGAUGGACGGGACGGGAUGUACAUGUGCAAAUGUCUACUAUAUCUAGAUGAGACGACACCAAGGGUGAACUUUUGUGUGUGUGUGUGUGUGUGUUUUCAGUGUCAGUACUACGACUAAGUAAGAUUAUUUUCUAACGUUUUGUAUGUGUUUUCACUCUGAUUCCACUUUGAUUAACACAUUGUGACGACUCACUAGGUGGCUUUAAAGGGAUAGUUUGGAUUAUUUGAAGGGCGGUUGUAUGAGGUACUUAUCUAUAGCCAGUGUAAGUGACGGUCGGCACGCUCCGCAGUUUGAAGAAACAGUAGCAAAGCAAUAUGCUGCAUUUUACAACGGGUUCGAAAGCGGCUCAACUCACAAUCAAGGACUAAAGGACACCUAAAAGAAAGAUCCACCAAAAAAAUAUCAAUGUCAGUUUAAGUGUACGCUAUGUCUAGAAUAUUGUAACUGCUUUACUUUGCCGUCAGAAAGCCCUUUCGGACGGGGAACUUGUGAAGUGAACGUUAUCUAUGCUCUCUUACAAGCCACCUGACUCCAUUGACAAAAACAGUGAUUUUACCUCACAGGACACGAGCGUCAGUUCCCCCUCGCAUUCAGUACAACCCAACGUCCACACACCCAAACUAACCCUCGUCCCGUUGUCUCUUGACUUGUUGUGACAUAUUUAGAAAAUCUAAUCAAACCAUGGCUUCUUUUAACAUGCUACUGCUUUGAUUAGUGAGAAUUUUAGAGAUGUCUUAUUUUCCGAUGAAUACUGAGAAUAUUUAAAAUGAUAAUAUUUAAAAUUUUAAGAAAAAUUGUAUUUAACAAAUUUGAUUGAGACUUGUGAAGCCUGGAUGUAACUGGUGCUUAAAUGGCUUGAUUUGAAGCCUUACGGGGAGUUUAGAUGUAAUCAUUUCAAUGACGUCAAUUGACCCCAAGACUCUGAUGACAUAGCUGAUAAUGAUCAUAUUUCUUACAGCUCACACUGCAGGGAGUAUUUGCAAAGAGGAAGAGUUGCACUUUGAACAGAAAUACUUGCUAAGACCCUUGCUCAAGGGCAAAGAUAGCUUUCGAGGAAAGACACAGACGUCUUAUUGACCUGCGCUGUCCAUACAGAUCUGGGGCAUGCAGCUUGUUCUUCACUCUUGGGAUUAUGAAGUAACUGUCACACUUGUAAAACAAAGAGAAAUAAAAAUCAGAUUUGAUACGUUGUAUGUAUAUUUCCACAUUUUAUUGACAACCUCCUAAUAAACACUUAAUCUGU